AUGGCCGACAAUGAUUCCGUCAAGAUUAUUAAGUGUCAUAUUUCAUCAAGCGCAACUGAUCUGUUACUAAGUAAAAUUAAGCCGGAAGAUUCUAAUUCACCUCCUCGUGUUCUCCCUUCACGGACGAAUCCAGUUCUCUAUCCACGACACACCCCUGGGCUUGUGGUAAUUAAGUAUUUUUUUCAAGGAGCGCCUUUGGCAUUCUUUUUUCAAUUACCGUGAAUAAUGAUUUCACUUCUACGGUCGGGGGGGGGGAGGGGGGGCACUAGAUCGUUGGCACUUGCGCGCAUUAUUUUUAAUAGCUAUUAUUUGGUAAAAUUUAAACUUGCAAGAAUUGUAAAGGCGACUUUGAUCUUUCGAGUUGAUAAAUGGAUUAGAAGCAAUCGAGGCGCCUUGUGACCUUUUGAGACCGAAGUUUUAGCAUUUACACUUCUCCUAUCGUUGUUACAAGGGAGAAGUAAAUGAUUGCGGCCACUUCUCUCACUAAGGUGAGGAUAAACCUCGAGUAUGAGGGCAAAGCUAGCUGUUUAAUGGCAAGAAAGCUUGUAGAUUUCAAUUUUCCGAACACGCGUCUUCAACGAGUGUUUUGUAGACAGGAAUCUCCAGUGCGUAUUUUAGACAUAAAAUACGGGCGGGUUAUGAACAAGUUGCUUAUCUUCGUGUACUUCUCUGGAGCUUUCCUUCUUGUGUUAGGACAGAUCGUUCAUGUUCACAUCCCUGCUGCCUUGUUAAGCAAAUUCCAUGCCCAGUAUUUUGCUUAGAAUUGUACGCAUAUUUUAAGCUCUGUGUGGCAUAACUAGAACAAAGACUGGAAAAUCGACUGCCAGAGUUCCACACUUUGAUUUUGUUCGUCGGGUAACGGUCAUGCAUAUUUUGGCAUAAUGCAAUAAUUGCGGAACGGACAGUUACCCGGACACUGUCGACAAAAGUUUGUUUUCCCCAAAGAAAUACAACAUGGCACCGCACAGUCACUUUACUUGCCGACUGUGAUGCCGAGGUAGCAGGCACAGGCUAGGAAGAGUCACUGGCAUCCGUAUGGGUAGUUGAUUAGUUUCAACUGACUAUUCCACCCCUGCGUGGGCUACAUUUAUCGUCGACCGUCCACUGUAAGUACACUGUCUGCGUCCCUCAAUGAGCUACAUGGCCAAACUGUAUACAUAAUUUUCGUUUACUUCCCAGCUUCCAACAUGCUGUUGUUAACGACCGUUCCUUCAUGCCAUUAUCUCGGUGCUGCUAGUCUGUCUAUAGAUACCACUACGAUUACCAAAGGAGCCUAUUUGGAAUUUCGAUAGAUCCAUCAUUUGUCACUUUAGAGGGCUAUUAACGUCCGGGUUCUCGCACGACAUAGCUGCGGGUCGUCCAUUUGGUUCAUGUAAUACCGUGUUUUUCAAGAAUGAAUUUCCUGUCCAUAGAUAAAUCCGGCAUAUUUCAGGCAACACAUGCCAUUUCUGAUGUAGCGCUCGGAUGCAGGAAAAGCUGCAAGAAAACUUUCUAAAUUUUUCCUUUCAUAUAACCUUGGUCAGUAAUUUACAGCAUAACGAAAUACGAAUACAGUACUCGAACGUAGUAACUGUACCGUACGCACUUUUUCCGGAACACACGCACAAACUUAGUGUCGUAGAGACUACCUACGAAAGUUGCUGAAUUCUAGAUUUUUUUCACUCAAACGCAUCAUCGCCACUGUUAAAGUAGGUUUCUUGGGUCACAUUUUAAGUGGUCGAUAGUUACUGUUAUUCGCCUCCAACAUUCCGCCGUCAGUGAGACGUUUUCGAGAUCCGUACAGUUCCUUAAUGGCGAAUUUAAUUAACAAUAAAAAUUCCCAACCUAUUUGAUGCACCGUCCCGAGCAAGAUAUCCAAUUUGCGACGUAAAUUGCAGAAGUAUAAUUGGUCACCACAUCACCAUUUCAGUGAGCUCUUUUCUAAAUAGGUUGGAGUUUUUCUCGUGUGUAUCAGAACUAGGAGACAAGCAGUAUAAUUAACAGUACAGGUGUGUCAACCAGUCAAUCACAGGGGCUCAUGACCACCUAGACUUCAACGCUCGGUGAAAAAUCCCAAAAUCUCAUCGCAUCUUUUGAUAUACGACUCAGGUCAGCUUGUCGGAUAUUCUACCCGUAUUUUGAGCAGACGCCCACACCUGGACUGUCGCACAUGAAACCUGGCUUUCAAAUCAUUACGGACAAGAAGGGCGGUUUUCAAUUAGUUGGGACGACUUACUUUCCUUUAAAAGGUGGAGAUUGGCAGCCCAAUUUGAAAAACCGGUCUAUUUUUAACUAAUUGGAAACAAGAGAGGUCUCGCAGUCCUCCGUAGUCUAAGACUCAGAGGAAUAGUCUUCUCCUGACCGUUUCCGAUUUUUCAAUCAGGCGUGUUCUAAAGUGCACAAAAUCUAUUUCUGCUAGUGUCAUCCGCUGGGGAACCAGGAAGACUGUUGAAAUUAAGCUUGUGUUCAGCCACCUAACGAGAAAGCGUGGGUUUUGUAUGUUCACCUGUACUGCUGGGCCGAUCAGAAUUUUGCCUACAACAGGGGUGACAUUGGAAUACUACCGCGUUCAACGUAUGAUAUUGCACCUACGGGGUCUAGUGAAUCUCCUUGUGUGGGGCUAGAAGAAAACACGAAGUAGCCGGACGAUAGGAUGUAAUUACUAAUGAAAUUCCUGUGAGGAAAGGGCAUCUGUCUACUUAGAGAUGUUUGGCCCCCCUUUCACGUUGGCCUGAAACACUGUUACGCAUGGCAUCCAGUCACUGUAAGCUGCUUUUUCAUACUACAACUAUUUCCGGCAUUUGUGGUUCAUUCUGUUGGCCAACACCUUUCGCCAUUUCUGUAUUCCCCUUAGUCUUACCGAUAAAUUCUUCACCUUCGCCUGCCAUAUAUAGGAUUUUGCAUACCGGUCAUGUUGAGAAGUCCUACGAUUUGCCAAAUGUACAAAGUUGCAAGAAUUUUUCCCUUGUAGAUGAAUUCACAAACUGGUGCCCAAGUUCCGCCAACGCCCAGAUUUAGCAGCUGUUAUAUCCCAUCUCGCCAAAAUCCCAUCCGGAUGCCAUCUAGUCAUCUGCCGGGAGUUGGUUUUGAAGGCUUCCCUGUCGUGUCGCACAUGGGUUGUCCAGCAGGUCUUCUUUUGCCCGAGGCCAUCUCCCGAUCUGCUGCCUAUGGCGUAUUCACCAAUUCUGCCCUUCACAGCCCUGCAGCUGGAGGGUCAGUCGCCCCGCCUCCUGUUCCCACCUGCCCUGAUCGCCUCCCUGUAGACCUGUCCACCAACCGUUCCCGGUCCAUCUCAAACCAUACAGAAGGCAGCAGCCCAAGUGUCCAGUCAUGCAAGUCCAGCGUAAGUUAUCCACUCCACCUACCAUCUCCUCCUGGAUCUUCUCCCAUCUGA